AUGGCCAAGGCCAUCAUCUCGUCGAUCCUGGAGGCGCAGCUGGGCAAGUAUGUGGCCGGCCUGCGCAGCGACUCGCUGGUCGUGGGGCUGUGGAGUGGCGAGCUGGAGCUGCGCGACCUGUCACUAAAGCCGCAUUCGCUGGCCGAGCUGCAGCUGCCCGUAGCCGUGACCAGCGGCAGCGUGGGCCGCGUGCUGGUGCGCCUGCCCUGGAACCAGUUGGGCAGCGCGAGCAUGGCCAUCACUCUCGAGGGCGUGUUGGCGCUCGUGGUGCCCAACACGGAGCCGCGCAGCGCGGCCGAGAAGAAUCAGCUGGAGCUGCUGCGCCAGCACCGCCGCUUCGCCGCGCGCGUUGGCCCAGGUCAGGAGCAGCACGAGCAGCAGAAGCCCGAGGAGGACGAGGGCACCUUCGUCUCGAGACUCACGGCCCGCAUCGUGGCCAACCUGCAGGUGACGCUGCGGGACGUGCAUCUG